AGAAGACAGUAAACCCUACAUUGUAUUACUACAGCAUAUGUAACAAAAAUAGUAGAAAUAUAAAAUAAAAAAAAAAUGCAAACAACCGAAUUUAGUCUAGUUUCCUCAUUCAGGCAAACUCCAGGCGGACCAAAUUGAGUACGGUGCAGUGUUGCUUAAUUUGCAAGCACUAAAGCAAUUAUUUUAACAAAAUAAAACUACAACUCCCACAAGCAGGCGGCAGGCGAGUCUUCGGUACUCUUAUCAUCCCGUGGUUUUUGAUCCCCAGUGAUCAGAGUUGAAAGUGGGAUUGAAGCCGUGAAUCAUAUCAGUAAAUUACAAUCCAGCGCGGACUGUGUACGGUUGUCAGGUUCACUGUACAAAGCACUGCAUUCCUAGUAACAGAGCAAUGAAAAUGGAUCUGAACGCAGUCAUUGAAACUGUCGAAGCGGGGUACCAGGAUGCUGCUAUGAUGGCACUGCAAGCGUUCAAUAAAGAGAAAUGCCAGUGUUUCACUUUUGAUGGUGAUGGAAGAGUAGAAAGGCAGGAAGAUACAUUAAAACAGCCUGCACCCUUCCUAGAGGGAAUUCCAGAACAGCGGUUGGGGAAGCUGGUGAUCCGGUUUCUGGAGAGGGACCUGCAGCCGUCCUGCCAGCUAGCCUGCCUGGAAACCAUCCGGAUUCUGUCCCGAGACAAGAACUGCUUGGAGCCGUUCGCCACCCCGCAGGCCAUUCAGACCCUGGGCCGGCACGCAGGCAUCGAGCACAGCGAGGGCGUCACCUCUGAGAUCCCGGACGUGGAGGUGAUCGUGGAGGCCCUCAAGUGCCUGUGCAACAUCGUCUUCAACAGCCCGAGCGCGCAGGAGGUGGGGGCCGAGCUGCGGCUCAUCGUGGGCCUCACCGAGCGGCUCAAGCUCUGCAAAGACCGGAACUGGAGCCACGAGGUGCGCUUCUUCGACCUGCGGCUGACCUUCCUGUUCACGGCGCUGAGGGUGGACGUGCGCGGGCAGCUGGCUCACGAGCUGCGGGGGGUCAGUCUGCUGUCCGACGCCCUGGAGAGCACCCUGGGCCUGCGCUGGCUCGACACCUUCGAGGUGGCACGAGCAGACAAAGGAGACGAGGGCCUGCCCCUGCCUCGCCAGGAGACCGAGCGCACCAUGGAGAUCCUCAAGAUCCUCUUUAACAUCACCUUCGACACCAGCCGCCGCGACGUGGACGAGGAAGAAGCUGCUCUUUACAGGCAUCUCUGUGCCAUCCUGCGCUUCUGCCUAAUGAGCAAAGCAGAUGGAGAAGAUAGGACAGAGGAGUUCCACAGUCACACGGUGAACUUGCUGGGGAACCUGCCCCUGAUGUGUCUGGAUGUGCUCCUCACUCCGAAGGUCCAGCAGGGCUCUAUCGAGUACAUGGGGGUGAAUAUGGACGCAGUCAGCAUGCUGCUAGACUUCAUGGACCGGAGACUCGACCGGGAGCACAAGCUGAAAGAGACUCUGACUCCCUCCCUGAACCUGCUGACUGAGAGUGCCCGGGUCCACAGGGAGACCAGGAAGUUCCUGCGGAUGAAGAUCCUUCCGCCUCUGCGGGACGUAAAGAAUCGCCCUGAAGUAGGGAACUCCCUGCGGAACAAGCUAGUGCGCCUCAUGACUCACAUCGACACAGACGUCAAGCACUGCGCUGCCGAGCUGCUCUUUGUCCUCUGCAAGGAGAGCGUUUCCAGGUUUGUGAAGUACACCGGCUACGGAAACGCAGCAGGCCUGCUGGCGGCGAGGGGCCUCAUGUGCGGCGGGAGAGGGAAGGGCAGGUACUCGGAGGACGAGGACACAGACACAGAGGAGUACAGAGAAGCCAAACCAAACAUUAACCCUGUAACAGGGCGUGUGGAGGAGAAGCUGCCUAAUCCAAUGGAGGGGAUGACAGAAGAACAGAAGGAGAACGAAGCUAUGAAGUUAGUGAAUAUGUUCGACAAAAUGUCCAGGGAUCAAGUGAUUCAGCCCAUGGCAGUGGGCCCUGAUGGGAAACUAGCGAGUUUGGAAUCAGCCGUGCAAAGACUUUCAGAACAGAGGUCGUCUUCUGGCUCUGACUCGGACGCUGACUAAAGAACGGCAAGAGUGUUUAGUUUGUUUCUAUUUAGUAAGGGUGCUGUGUACAGUUGAUAGAGGUUGCACGAAGACUCUUUUCUCAAUUAGUUUACUUGCUGUUUUGUCUGGUUCAAUCUCUGCACAGCUGUACAGUGUGGAAACCAUUCCAGCAAGAUUUUUUUAAGGCAACUUUCUUCCUCUACACCGCAAGGCUUUAAUAACUGGAAAUCCAACUCUUUUUGGUAGUUAAUCAUCCUGACCAUCUUUAGUGGACUGCAUGUAAAAUAAAUCAAUUCCCAACUCAUCCUCCCAGCAAGGGCUUCAGCUGUAAGGGAGUUGCUAGCUGCUAGAGUGUCCACAGUUUUGACUAGUUGAGCUGCAUGCCAUUUCUUUUUUUUGUGUUUUUGCAAGUUUCAGUGAAAUUUUUUCACUAUGUUGCACAUUUGUAGUGGUUUAUCUGAAUGUUGCCAAGUACAGAACUGUAGUACAGUGCGCUCAAGGAACCUUGCAAGACUGGUGGAGAGACUGACCAACCUAAAGUGUGAACUCCCAGGCUGCUAGAAUCAGGCAGUAGUCUCAUUUCUGCAGCGAGCUAUAGCUGGGGGAAGUCGUUGGCAACCAAUUGCUUUUGUCAUAGGGACUGUGGCAUUAUUCAUAUGUAAAAACAAUAUAUAUCGUCAUUUCAUUUAUUAUUAAUAUUCAUUUUAAUUCAGUUAUACUCUUAAUGUUUAAUGUGAUCCUAUUAUUAUUAUUAUUAAUAUUAUUAUUAUUAUUAUUAUUAUUAUUAUUAUUAUUAUUAUUAUUAUUAUUAUUAUUAUUAUUAAUAAUAAAUAUUUUAAAAUCACUUUGAACUUGUUUUCCUGCUUUUUCAUGUUAUUGUACAGACUGCUUUUUUUUAAUGCUCUUUACUUUAGUUUCACAUAAUCAGUUUUAUAUUAUGGGCCCAUUUUCAUGCAGAAUUAAAUGCAGCGAGAUGCAUGAGAUAAGGGUCACUAGGUUAAUAGAACUAAAUUAAAAAGACUCUGCAAAUGUAUUCAUAGGGUAAAAAAACAUUUGCACAAGGCACUGGAUUUACAGCCUUCAGUUUUCCAGGAAAAAUUAAAGUCACAUACUAGUACAUUAUAUAUAGGGGCCUCUGUUUUUUGGCUUUUAUUAAUUACAUUUUUCUGUGCUUAUUUUUAGCUAUCUUUUUUUUCUGGGGCUUUUGCUUUUUGUAUACUGUAUGAAAUUACUGUUUUUGGUUACUUUCCAAAAUGCUUGGCCUUUUUUUUCUGCCACUAUGUAUAGUAACUUGGCAGUACUUGCACACUUAAGUUGUACCUUUUUCCUUUGCUGUCUUCUUCAACUAAAUCCUUAUGGUCACUGGAACAUUC